CUCCUUAGUACAGGACAAGUUGCUCAAACAACGUCAUGACCUACAAAUCAGAGCGCAACCCACGACAACAUCUUUGAGGGAUAAAUCUACUAAAGAAUAAUAUCUAGAGUCUCCUCAAAUCAUAGCAAGAAAUAUUCAAAACUCUCCAACACACUUAUCUCAGGACUUGGAAAUACUUAACAACUCGAUUACGCAAUACACCCUCGUCUUAUUUUCACACUCAAAGCCCGAGCCUGAUUGUCGCAUUACCGCCACCAAUCCCCAAAUAUCCAAUUAUGGAUCAGAUGAUGGGAAAUGGAGAGGGAGGAAUAGGGGGACAGGCUGGAUUUCCGCUAGAAACUUGGUUCUGGGAAAUGCCGGUUUGUACUAGAUGGUGGACGACGGCUACGGUGAUUACGAGCGCGCUGGUUCAAUGCCAAAUCGUUACCCCGUUUCAGUUAUUCUAUAGCUUUAGAGCUGUUUUUGUUAAAUCGCAGGUAGGCUUCUCCCUCUUUGCUGCGCAUUCGAAUUCCAUGUUGAGAGCUUCGCUGAUUUCAUAUACCAGUAUUGGCGCCUCCUAACGACGUUUAUAUACUUUGGUCCUCUAUCCCUAGAUCUUGUUUUUCAUGUCUUCUUCCUCACCAGAUACUCGCGACUCCUUGAAGAAUCAUCCGGACGAUCAGCGGCGCAAUUUUCAUGGCUACUUCUUUACGCAACAACAUGUCUCAUCCUUAUAAGUCCUUUAGUUUCAAUGCCAUUCCUAGGACACCCCUUAUCCUCGACUCUUGUAUAUAUUUGGUCGAGAAGGAAUCCUGAUACACAAUUAAGUUUUCUCGGAUUACUAGUUUUCACGGCUCCAUAUUUACCUUGGGUCUUGAUGGGUUUCAGUUUGGUUCUGCAUGGGACAGUGCCAAAGGAUGAGAUGAUGGGAGUUGUUAUUGGCCAUAUUUGGUAUUUCUUCAACGAUGUUUAUCCACCUCUACACAAUGGACACCGUCCAUUUGAUCCGCCAAUGCUCUGGAGAAGAUUGUUCGAGAGACAGCCAAGGGAGGAAACGGCCGAUGCGAUUAACAACGAUAUCGCAAUGGCCGCAGCACCAGCGCCGGAAGUCAGAUAGGAAAAACAUCAAAGAUCAUGUGGAUUAAAUUGCAUUGGAAGGCGUUUGGUAAUUAAGAAGAAAUUGGGAGCGAACAAUUAGCCUUAGCUGGCACAUCGUUAAGUCCGGCUGGAUAGGUUUGGUAGAUGGGCUGGCAGCGAUGUGCUCUAUUCGUAUGUUAUAUUCUUGCGCCGAGGCUUCAAGGAUAUCUGAUCAUAUU